UUGUGCUACGGUCUCUCCACCCCCUGCUGCUGCUGGGCUUGCGAUUGCCGCUCGCUCCAGCUGAGCUAAGUGUAGCAGCAGCACCAGGGCAGGGACUGACUCCAGCCCUUGGACUCAGGACAUCGCAGACCUUCCCUUGCGUGCGUGACUCAUUCGCACAUCCAUUUCUGUUUAUGCCUGGGGUGGGGAGAAAAAUCCCAAACCAGGCCCCCAGCAGACUGAAUGGUGCCCACCAACACUGGUGGUGGAUCUUCCACACCUGGUCCACUGAGACAUGCUUAUCUCCUCUGGAAACAGUCUUGCAGACACACCCCCAAAUAAUGCUUUAUUCUGGAGGCUGGAAAGUCCAAGAUCCAGGCGCCAGCAGGCUUGGUGUCUGCCGAAGGAUACUCUCUGCUUUUCUACUCUUGUGCCCUUUGGAUGGUGCCUUGUUCCUGCAUCCUCCAAAGGAUGUGUGGUCACAUGGUGGAAGGCACAGAAGGACAACUCACCCCUUCAAGCCCUUUUUAGACAGGAUUUCACUCUGUCUGGAGUGCAAUGGCGUGAUCACAGUUCACAGUAAUGCCUAACUUCUAGGCUCAAGAGAUCUUCCCACAUCAGCCUCCUGAGUAGCUAGGAGCAUAGACAUAUGACACCACACCUGGCUAAUUUUUAAAUUUCUUGUAGAGGUUGGGUCUUGCUGUGUUGCCUGGGCUGGUCUCAAACUCCUGGCCUCAAGCGAUCCUUCCUUCUUGCCCUCCCAAAGCACUGGGAUAACAGGCACAAGCCACCACGCCCAGUCCAAGUAUUUAUUUCAUAAUGCUGUAUCAUGUGGCUUCUCUGUUAGCCCUUCUCUAUUGGUAUAUAGAGGUUUUACUUCUCCCUCCAUCUUGGGGGUCAUCUUAGCCAGAUGUGGUGGCCCACACCUGUAAUCCCGGCACUUUGAAACUCCAAGGCAGGAGGAUCACUUGAGGGCAGGAGUUCAAGACCAGCCUGGACAACAUAGUGAGACCACAUCUCUACAGAAAGUAAAACUGUGUAAAUGAGUAUGGAAGAUUAUGAUUUCCUGUUCAAAAUUGUUUUAAUUGGCAACGCUGGUGUGGGGAAGACGUGCCUCGUCCGAAGAUUCACACAGGGUCUUUUCCCCCCAGGUCAAGGAGCCACAAUUGGAGUUGAUUUUAUGAUUAAGACAGUGGAGAUUAAUGGUGAAAAAGUAAAGCUACAGAUCUGGGACACAGCAGGUCAAGAGAGAUUUCGGUCCAUUACCCAGAGUUACUACCGAAGCGCCAAUGCCUUGAUCCUCACCUAUGACAUUACCUGUGAGGAAUCCUUCCGUUGCCUUCCUGAGUGGCUGCGGGAGAUAGAACAAUAUGCCAGCAACAAGGUCAUCACUGUGUUAGUGGGCAACAAGAUUGACCUGGCUGAAAGGAGAGAGGUUUCCCAGCAGCGAGCUGAAGAAUUCUCAGAAGCUCAGGACAUGUAUUAUCUGGAGACUUCAGCCAAGGAAUCUGAUAAUGUGGAGAAACUCUUCCUUGACUUAGCAUGCCGACUCAUCAGUGAAGCCAGACAGAACACACUUGUGAACAAUGUAUCCUCACCCUUACCUGGAGAAGGGAAAAGCAUCAGCUAUUUGACUUGUUGUAAUUUCAACUAAAGGCUGAGGCACGGAGAAGAAAAGGAAUCAGCAACUGCCCUGAUGGGCCAUGAGAUGCUGGGGAGAUCUGGCGAUGACUGUGGCUCCCGCUCUCUGACCUUCUGAUUCCUGUGGGCUCCUGAGCUUACAAAGCAUGGCAGGCCAAGGGCCUCGACCACAGGCCAGCAUUAGCAGAACAUAUAAUGGUUUCACCCUUUUCCAGUCUGGAGUUGGAGCAAGGAGAAAAUUGCACUAGGCACUCCAUGAUCUGCAGAGCAUGUUGCUUUUGUUUUUUUAAAAAGCAAGUAAAAGCGCAUUCCUAAACAGAGUCCAGGGGGAAAUGUACUGUAGGGAUCCCUCCUGCACAUCAGUGGGUGCAUGUGGGAGCUGUUCUUUAGGGCUUCGGUGGUAAUCAUCUGGGGGCCCUGGUUUUCUUGUCUACCAGAUAAACCAAAACUGGGAAGGCCAAGUACAGUCUCUGUGGUGCGUAUUGACGACCCCAUGGAGAUUUUGAAAAGUGUUAUUUCUCUUGUCCACAGGCACUUUCAAGAACUUUGGGAUGUAAAAAUGAAAUGAAACCUUUACCCAUGACCAACAGUAACAAUCAUUGUUUUAAUAAUAUAUACAAGCUCCAUAACUCCUUUUGGUGCUAAUGAUUCCGCUAUUUCACAGACCAAACGUUUUAGUACAUUAAUGUCCUUAAAUGUGUUAUAUAGAAAUAAAAAAAUGGGGGAAGUCCAUGAAUCAGCACUCUUUCUCAAAGUCUCAUUACUACCUUUUUAAAGGUGGAUUUUUGGGAAAAGAGAAUACUUUUCCUUUUAUGUUCCCCUCUGAAUCUCUACCACUUUCUUCUCUUGUCUCUCCAGCCCUUUAUGUAAAUGAAAACGUUUGCAAAAUGAAAAAAAUAAAUAAACAAAUGGUUGAUGAUAUUCUAAUAUAAAAACUUAGCUCUAACACAUUUUGAGUAGUAUGAGGAAACAGACCAGAUAUGACCAAAAUACUGUGGAUUAAGGGACUGUAGUGCAGGGCUCCUAGCAGAGCACAGUCCUUGAUAGUAGGUCACAUCUUUUACUUCCUGGUACUCUCCAUCUUGGACAGACCAAGGCUUAGGAUUUUGUAGAUUUUUUAGUAUGAUAAGUGAGAAUAGCAACAGAUGAAAAGUCUCACGACCCAUUUUUAUAUCUUCGAUGAUAACCUUAGAAAAAUUCUGCUCGUGGAAGCAGAUUGAACUGUCAUUUAUCCCCUCCUUCUUGUAAUAAUGUUACCUUCAGAUGCUUAACCAUACGUUCUUUCUUUUUUCUUUCUCUUUUCCUCUCUAUUUUUCUGGUCUCUCCUUUUCUUCUUCCCUCCCUCCCUCCCUCCUUCCCUCCCUCCCUCCCUCCUUCCCUCCCAUCCUUAUAUGCAUGUGUUACUGCAAAUCUCCAAUUCAAAUGGAGGUGUAUAUGCCUUUACUUAGCCAAUUUAAAAACAGGACUCAAAAUGGGAGAUGUGCUGCUGAAUAUGUGUUUCUUUUUCUUCAGUGCCAUACUUUGAUAGCUUCCAAUUUGUUCACUGAUAUAAAUGCAAAUUGGGAAAAUAAUUAAACCUGUAUGCUGUUGAUGCUGUCAGAUGUUUCUGUAGCUUGCUGCUUAGCAUAACUGAGGGAUGAGUAAUGGAAUAAGGAUAUGAUGUGUAAUUCCACUGUUGCUGUAGAUGGUGACAAUCUCAAUUCUGAUAUGUUGAUGUUUGAAAGCUAUUUAAUUGUAAAGAAAUGAGUCAUGUAGAGACAUGAUGUGGAUAAAGCAUUUCUGGCAUUUCUCUAGCAGGUUCUAGAUUGACCAGUGUCUUGCACAUGAGAUUAUGCAUAUUUUUUAAGGGGCUGAUACUUUUGGUUGGCUUCACUGUUUUUCCUGAUCCUGUGGGAAAGAGAAAGGCAUCCCAGAAGUUUGACUUGUUUUUCUUUUAGAAUCUGUCUCUGCAGGAAAGAAAAGUCAUUUUAAUAAAAACCAAAAUAAUUUAUAAUAAUUGUUGCCUUUCCCUCCCCAUCCUCUCCACUAAGCCAGCAACUAAAUGUAUUCAGAAAACAAGUUAAUCAAGGAGGGCAGAAGAAUUUUUUUUAAACUGUAAGGAAAUGUUCCUAAGUUUAGAUUUAUUACCUGUCAUUUAGGGCAAAAAUCCAGUGUCCCCAGCACAUGAUGACCCAACUUUGUCUCACGGUUGCAAGUGUGUUGAAAAUAAAGUUGCUUUGUGAACCUAGAGGAAAUGGCUGUGUUAGAUUGGACUGAUUUAGUUGCAAAAUAAUACCUUUUAGGGUCACACUUGUAUUAUUCCCUAGGGUUUAGCCUUCUCUAUAUACCCUUGGCCAGACUCAGAAGGGGAUUAAAAAGCUCUGGUCUUGGCCUCUGUCUUCCUUGUUGCUCCUCCCAGCCUUUCCAUAACUUACCCAUCCACAGCCCAUCAGCAGGAACACAUGAGAAUGUGGGACUUUGUUUCUUUUUUUCGUAGUUGUAUGAAUUCCAGAUUAGGCCUUAUGGAUACUUGUCUACUAAUAUAUCUGAAGUUUGAAAACAAUCCCUGACAAUAUUGUAGGUGCAAUAAAUAUUAGUCAAAUAAACAUUUAAGUGCCAAGGUGGGGUGGUGGUGGUGGGGGGAGCUUUUUUUGAUUAAACAGAAAUUCCUUCAAGUAGAACUUGAGAAAGGACACUAAAUACAGUCAUCUUAACCUAGGCCAGGACCUAAAUUUAUUGGUUUGCCUAACAGUCUUAUUGUCAUGGCAAUAUUUGCUAAGAUGAGCCUUCUUUAGAUAAAAAUGAACUCUCAUUUAGUGGUGGAUGAAAAAAGAGGAAUUGCUUUAUCAUAUAGUUUAAUUUGGCUCGGUCUACUAAGACCACCAGGGUUGAUGUAUUCCUCCAUUUUUGGUGUGAUCUUUUUCUUCAUUCAAUAAAGUUAUUAAAUAUAUGGCAAAA